AUGAACUGGGCAUUCCUCCAGAGCCUCCUCAGUGGGGUGAACAAGUACUCCACGGCGUUCGGCCGCGUGUGGCUGUCCAUUGUCUUCCUCUUCAGGGUCAUGGUGUUUGUCGUGGCAGCCGAGAAUGUGUGGGGCAAUGAGCAAAAAGACUUCACGUGCAACACGGCCCAGCCUGGCUGCCACAACGUCUGUUACGACCACUUCUUCCCUGUGUCCCACGUCCGCCUGUGGGCCCUGCAGCUCAUCUUCGUCACAUGUCCCUCUCUCCUGGUGGUAAUGCACGUAGCCUACAGAGAUGAACGUGAGCGUAAACACACACUAAAAUACGGUGAGGGCUGCCAGAAAAUCUACAUGAACACCGGUAAGAAGCGUGGAGGGCUGUGGUGGACCUACGUCCUGACCCUGGUCUUCAAGAUGGCUGUGGACGCCGCCUUUGUGUAUUUAAUCUACCAUAUCUACGAGGGCUAUGACUUCCCCUCCCUCAUCAAGUGUGAGCAGAAGCCUUGUCCCAACAAGGUGGACUGCUUCAUUGCUCGCCCCACUGAGAAGCGGAUAUUCACCAUCUUCAUGGUGGUCACCAGUCUGGCUUGUAUCCUGCUCUCCUUCUUCGAGAUCCUGUACCUGGUGGGGAAACGCUGUCCAAUGCAGAAGUUUUUAUCUCAAUAUCAAAUAAUUUCUGUGUAA